GGGGAGGAGGAGCAGGAAAGGGGAUGAAGGCAGGGAGGGGAGAGCUCGCAUCCUGAGCUCUUCCUGCUGGAGCGGGAGUGGUAGUCCCACAAAGGGCUGAAGCACAGUGUGCUGGGGAGGCUGCCGCGGAGCUGUCACCGGCAGAGUCAGUGACCCAGCGAGCUCAGGCUGGAGCAGGGAGCUGGCUAGGGACAGCCAGCAGGACCCAGUGGGUUGGAACCAGGCUGCAUUGGAGCUCAGACUGUGCCCCAGGCCACAGACCCUGCCCCAGGCAAGCCGGGGACGCCUCUGUCCUGCUCAGGUCCCCAAGCAGCACCCUCAGGCCUCAUUCCUUGGGCGUGGCCCCGGGGUGGACGAUGGCCGGGAGCACCUCCAUUGAUGCGGUGAAGAAGAAGAUCCAGAGCCUGCAGCAGGUGGCGGACGAGGCUGAGGAGCGUGCGGAGCAUCUGCAGAGGGAGGUGGAUGCUGAGAGACAGGCCAGGGAGCGGGCUGAGUCUGAUGUGGCCUCCCUGAACCGCCGUAUCCAGCUGGUGGAAGAGGAGCUGGACCGAGCCCAGGAGCGCCUGGCCACUGCGCUGCAGAAACUGGAGGAGGCUGAGAAAGCAGCUGAUGAGAGCGAGAGAGGCAUGAAAGUCAUCGAGAACCGGGCCAUGAAGGAUGAGGAGAAAAUGGAGCUCCAGGAGAUGCAGCUGAAAGAGGCCAAGCACAUAGCUGAGGAGGCCGACCGCAAAUACGAGGAGGUUGCCCGUAAGCUGGUGAUCAUUGAGGGGGAGCUGGAGCGCUCGGAAGAAAGGGCGGAGGUUGCAGAAAGCCGAGUGAGACAGCUGGAAGAGGAGCUGCGCACCAUGGACCAAACCCUCAAAUCCCUGAUGGCCUCAGAGGAAGAGUACUCCACCAAGGAAGAUAAGUACGAGGAGGAGAUCAAGCUGCUGACAGACAAACUGAAGGAGGCUGAGACCCGAGCGGAGUUUGCUGAGCGAUCCGUGGCCAAGCUGGAGAAAACCAUUGACGACUUAGAAGCGCGCUCCCAGCAGGAGGCGGAGAAAAACCGUAUUCUCACUAACGAACUGCGGGUCAUCCUUAACGAACUUAACAACUGAGCCAGCCUCAGCCCAUGCCCUGCUUAUGUCAUGUAGCCUGUGUCUCCUGGGGUGUUCCAGCCCCAUCGCCCGCCCCCUCCAUUGCCCAGGACAUUCCCUGCAGCUCUGAGUCCUGGUAACAGGUUCCACCAGGCCAGCUGGGCCUGGGGAGUCCCUGCCCUCACCCUGCUGCUGGGUACUUGGCACAUGGACCCUCACCCCCUGGCCUUACAGUUCAGAGUGACCAGCCUGCUCUGAACAGCUGGAGACUCCUGCCUCCUGAGCUGGUUGAUUUUGCCCAGGGGGGAGCCUGCUGCCAUCAUGACCCAGAGCCCCCACCUUCCCCACAGGGGCACUGCUGAGCCAGCACCAGCUGCCCAGGCUGGGGAGGGAGUGCCCAUGUGAUGGGCUGAGCCACCUGAACCCUGCCUACUCCCUCCCUACAUUGUAGUGCUCCCCAAGGCAAGGGGACAGCCAGCCCCCCACCGGCUCUACCAGGAAACCACUCUUCCUAAACCACUCAACUGCUGCAGGCAAAGGCUGUCUGGAUACUGCUCUUGCAGGUCAUAGAAUCAUAGAAUAUCAGGGUUGGAAGGGACCCCAGAAGGUCAUCUAGUCCAACCCCCUGCUCGAAGCAGGACCAAUUCCCAGUUAAAUCCAGCUUCUCCAGCUCCAGGAACUGUAAGGAACAGGGUGGGAGUCCAGCUAUUCCGGCCCCAGCCUCUCCCAGCAGGUGCUCUAGGCAGCAGGGCAGCGGCUUUGGCUGCAGGUGGACCUCAUGGAAACGCCUGUCCCAGCAAAGGCUCCGGUAGGCAGCAGGACAGAGGCUCUGGAAGGGUGAGCUCCCAGCUGAGGGUGUCAUGGCAAGUCUCAUUCCAGCGGAAGUGAUGUAGGGGACAGCGCAGAAGCGCUGGCUGUGGGCAGGUUCCCCUGUAGCAUGUUCUGUACACGAGGGCUGGAAGAACUGGCUCCUGCAGUUUCGUUAGUGCUGGUCUCUCUUCCCUCUGUGCUGUCCUCUCUCCUCCUGAGCUGCUGCCUUGCCACUGCUCCAUGGAUCACCACUCCCAGUUGAAUCACGGAGCAGCUGGGCAGUGCUAUGCACCUUUCAUCGGUCCGUGGGCAGGACUCUCUGGGGAUGGACCUGGCUCUGCUGGAAGCACAUGGCUGUGGAAAUGGGGCUGUGCCAUCUGACAGCCCCAUGUGCAGUAGCACCCUGCAGGGAGCACAGGCAGAAGCCGUGGGUGUGAAGUUAGGCUGCCAGAAUCUGAUUGGUCUAAGCACCCUACCUGGCCUCUGAGCUAUUGCUGCUCUGUGAGGUCGGGCCGUGUCCCUGGUAAGGCCUUGGCUUGGAGCUGGGGUACGUUAUGGUGCUGUGUGGAAAUGCUGUUCCCCAGCGACACUGAAAUGUCCAUUUGUGUCUGUGUGUCUGGGUUUGAUCCUGUCUGGCUCGGUCUGUCUGUCCCUGUGUAUGGAUGGGUCUGUCUCCGUGUGUCUUGGCUUGGUCUGUCUGGGCGGGUGGCUCGGUUGGUCUGUCCCUGAGCAUGGGUGGGCCUGUCUCCUUGCGUGUCUGUCUGUGUGUGAUUUGUGUCCGUUUUUCUGUCCAUCCGUGUGGCUGAUCACGUGUGGCUGGCAUCUGCGUUUGUCUGUCUGGAUGUGUGUCUGGAUGUCCUUUGUGUUUACAGAGAAUCUGGCCAGUGCCAAAGAGGAGAACGUUGGCAUUCACCAAGUUCUAGACCAGACCCUGCUGGAGCUGAACAACCUCUGAGCCGCUUGAAGAGCCCCACUCUAUCCACCUGCCCCUGCACCUGAACCCCAUUGGCACCCUCUGGAGGCACCAAGUGAACUGCGUCAUGGCCAAAGCCACACAUCCAUGAGAAGGGAAACCCUGCGGCCCAUACCCUGGCCCUGGGGCAUCUUGUCUGUGCACAGCCAGAUCGGCUCUGUCCUGUCUUCAUGUCCAAAUAUUAAAGCAAGUUUAACAAGAUA